UGCGGAGGUUGAGUGAAGAUGAGCGAUCUCGUUUGCGUGAAAGACUUCGAAGAUAGAGCUUUCAAAAUACUCCCGAGGAAUGCGCUGGAUUAUUACCGAAGCGGAGCCGGUAGACAAGAAACGCUAGAAAACAACAGAACUGCAUUUUCCAAAUUAAAAAUUAGACCGAGAUGUCUGCGAAACGUAUCGAAAAGAGACGUGUCCACUACUGUCUUUGGAGAAAAGGUGUCCAUUCCGGUUGGAAUAUCGCCCACAGCAAUGCAAAGGAUGGCCCAUCCAGAGGGAGAAUGUGCCAAUGCUCGAGCUGCAGAAGCCAUGGGAACCAUAUUUACGCUAAGCACGAUAGCCACCAGCAGUAUAGAGGAAGUAGCUGAGGCGGCACCAGGAGCAAUCAAGUGGUUCCAACUUUACAUUUUUAACGACAGAGAAGUCACCCGACAACUGGUUCGAAGAGCAGAAAACGCGGGUUAUAAGGCGCUAGUUCUCACUGUGGAUACUCCGUUUUUUGGACUUAGGUUGGCUGACAUGAGGAAUAAGUUUAAAUUGCCAACGCAUCUGAAAUUGGCAAACUUUGAAGGCACAGUUGCGUCUGUGGCAAACAAAAAAAGUGAGACCACUGGCUCCGGAUUAAACGACCUCGGAAAUCUAUUUGACGCGUCUUUGAGCUGGGACGACAUCGCCUGGCUUAAAACGAUUACGCGCCUUCCUAUCGUUCUGAAGGGGAUAUUAACGGCCGAAGAUGCUAUGUUAGCGGCCGACCUUGGAGUUGCUGCAGUGUUAGUUUCCAAUCACGGUGCGAGACAAGUCGACGGUACUCCCGCCUCAAUCGAGGCACUUCCGGAAAUAGUGAAUGCCGCGGGGCAUCGGCUGGAAGUUUUUUUGGAUGGCGGAAUUACUGACGGAACAGAUAUAUUUAAAGCUUUAGCGCUGGGCGCCAAAAUGGUCUUUGUCGGUAGACCGGCGCUCUGGGGCUUGGCAUGUGGGGGCGCAGACGGAGUCACGAAGAUACUAGGUAUCUUGAAAACGGAAUUUGAGUACGCUUUAGGAAUUUCAGGAUGCUCCACUGUCGCAGACAUAAGAAGCAAUAUGGUGGUACACGAAUCGUUUUAUUCUAAACUUUGACAAACAUGUAAAUCGCCUUAAAACUCCUAAAUAAAUAUAUUUAUUUACAA